UCGACACUGGAGAGGAGAACGCUUGGGAGCUCUUGGACUAGCUGGAAACAAUCCCGAGUGACGGAGCUCAUCAGAGACAACAGCAAUGUGCAGCCUGGCUUUCCUCGUCAUGUCCGCCUGCACCUUGAUCGGGGGUCUCUCAGUCUGCUGCCCUCAAAGAAGAUACCACGUCGUCAGAGAUGUAAUGACCUGGGACCAAGCUCGCCAACACUGUCAAAGUAAUUUCAUUGAUCUGGUUAGCGUUCCCAGUGAAGAGGAAAUGCUGGCAGUCAAGGCAUUGAUUUCCCGGGUCUCAGAGUACACGUUUUGGUUGGGUCUGCGCAGAAACACAGUCAGCUCGCCUUGGGAAUGGUCAACCGGUGUGGCCUUUCAAUACAGCAAAUGGCUGAGUUGGGAACCAGAUGCUAAUGGAGAUUGUGGAGUCAUGAUUCCCACCGGAGAGUGGGGAGCUGAACCUUGUGGUAACCCUCAGUGCUUCGUCUGCUUGGCAGGACCUUCUGCGCUGUGCGGUCAGAGGGAGUACUUCCUGGUUCACACUGUGAAGAAUGCAGACGAAGCCAGAGAACACUGCAGAUCUCUGUACACAGACCUGGUGAGCAUCACAAGCCAAGACGUGCUCCUGGAUAUCGAACAGCUGAUGAACAAAGACACUUCCAAUACCGACUACUGGAUAGGACUGAGGAGGGACGGUGGGUCUUGGAGCUGGGGAAACGGGGAAACUUUCAACUACAGCAACUGGGGAGGAUUUCAGCUAGUGAGGAAUGGAACCUGUGUCACGAUCAAGACCUCUGAUUGGAAUUUUGGGACAUGGCAGGAGAACAACUGCAAUGACAUCAACAAGUUCAUCUGCUACAAAGAUAUACAGGACACCACCACUGUUCAGUUUGACUCUUCCCAAACAGAAGAUGGAGAACAACAAUCCCAGCAUCCUUCCACGAUGGCCAGCCCCUCUCCUCCUGCAGCAGCGGGUGGGUACAGAGUCAAAUGGCUGGUGUACGGUCAGGGAUAUGUGAUCAUUUCCACAGAUCCACAGGACACCACCACUGUUCAGUCUGACUCUCAGAGCUCUCCAACCACUGGGGCAACCACUUCCCAAACACCAGAUGGAGGAGAACAAUCCCAGCAGCCUUCCACGAUGGACAGCACCUCUCCUCGAGCCAGCUCCCCUGGGCACUCCAGCUCCUGGCUCCCUGGCACUUCACCCGCAGUAACAGUCACUCCAAUCCCUGAGGAGCUCCACCUGAUCUCUGACAGUAUGGUCUGGCCAGAGGCUUGGCAGUACUGCAGGGAUCACUACACUGACCUAGUGAGCCUCACAAGCCUGGCUGCACAGAACAGAGUGUCGGAGCUCGUCAGGAACAGCACUGCGUCGCGAUUCUGGAUCGGCCUGCACAGAACCGUGGUGUAUGAUAAAUGGUACUGGGUUGCUGGUAAGGAUAAGAGGGCCCCCCUAAACUACACUAACUGGGCCCCUGGGGAGCCCAACAAUCCUUACUAUGAGCACUGUGGAGAGAUGGUGCUGGGGGAGGAUGGGGGGGCUGAGUGGAAUGAUCUGUGCUGCUAUGAAAAGCUCCCCUUUAUCUGUUUCAAAGGUUAAAAACACAUCUGAAAGGUUUUAUAGCACUGCUUCUCAAACAUUCUGUAGUAUAAAGUACUUUAGUCUAAAAAAAAAGCAAUUUACAAAAACGUUAUGGAAAUAUCUAAGUCUAAAUUUUGUUGUAUAAACGUAGCAUGCGUGAAUAAUAAAGCAAAACAAAAUCUUGUAUGUGACAGAGUUUGGCAAUGCCAGAGUCCUGUAGAUGAAAUGACUGUGUAGCAAUCUUAAAGGGGCAAUAAUUACUUAAGAAAAGACUCCUCAAUACUGAUUGUGAGGAAGUGAGGUGGGGAAGCAUAAUAGUGUUGCACAGGCUUCAGUGCACAAUGCUUGUCUUAUGGGUUUCAUGGCACAGCGCAACACUAAUAUGAUUCCUCUCCUCACUUCCUCACAAUCAGCAUUGAGGAGUCUUUUCAGAAGCUGCUGUUCACUUGUUUUUCUUUUAAUUCAGGAUACACAGCUAUUUAAAAUGCCAGGCUGUAGAUAAACUGCUGCAUCCUGGUACCUGUGCUGUAGGUCACUGGGUCUGAUUGAGGCUGGACCAUUGGAGAGAGUUUGAACUGCAAUACAAGGACUGAUCAGCUACCAGGAAGCAGCAGCAACUUGGUUUAAAUUAUUAUUAUUAUUAUUAUUAUUAUUAUUAUUAUUAUUAUUAUUAUUAUUAUUAUUAUUAUUAUUAUUAUUAAUAUUAUUAUUAUUAUUAUUAUUAUUAUUAUUAUUAUUAUUAUUUAUAACGUUUUCUUUUAAAUAUCUACAUAUUACAAAUUGAAGUAUAAAACACAAGCAAUGAACCAAAAGAUCUUCAACAUAAGGAAAUGUCCAGUGAUCUUAUUGCUGGGGAUAAUAAGAUAUAAGAACAUGGAUUUUAAACCUUGGGCAGCAUCAUAUACGAUGUAUUGUUAAGAGGGAAGUAGAGAGGGUGAAAGGGUCUUAAUUAAUAUAUUUCUAAUUUCUGCUUUUUGCCUUUAAAAAAAGAUUCUAUUAUAUUUAAGUAGGUUUUACACAUUUAAAUAAUGCUCUCAUAUUUCAGUAAGGAAUGUACACAAACUAGACAGCCAACAGGGCCUGGUUUCUGAUGAUGCAGAUUGCACCUAAUGCUAAUCUGUGUUCGAAUGUAGUUAAUAGGUACACUGUAAUCAUAUUUAACUAACCAAAAUAGAUACUAUGGUAUGUACUGAGUGAGUCUCUUCUGUCUAUUUAUAUUCUGUAUUGCUGAAUAUAUUGAUAGUCUGUAUUUUUUGCUGGUAUAAAAAUAAAAAUA